AUGGCCUCUAAUCUAAAAGUCAUCUUCCUGUUUCCUUGGUUGCUUCAGUGUGGAGGGGGAAAUGUGGAUGUACAGCAGAAACCUCCAAUCCAGGUUGCGCUGCUCAAGGAAGGAAUAUCCAUCCCCUGUAAAGUCAUCUUCCCUUACAUGCCGAAAUACACCAGAUUUUCAAUCAUCUAUUACUGGAUUAAUUCAAUGGGCCAGAAAACGUCUAUCUAUAGAAGGUCGGAAAACGUACCCAUCCCUUCUGGAAAAGAGAAUAAGACUGCUACUGUAUCUUACAACCACAGAAUCAUACCACUCGAAAACACCUCUUCUACGGGCACAUACUACUGCCAGGUCAAAUGGAGUGACAUCGAGAAAAUGGGAAAAGGAGUGUUUGUUCUUGCUAGAGGUACAGGGUACGUAGAGACCUCUUAUGGGUGGGAAGUCCUCAUUACCCUUUUUUUUCUUGCUGCACUGAGCAUCGCCGCAACAGCUCUGCUUCUGUGGAAAAGAAAGGUGUUGUGCCCUAGAAGGAGCCAGCUAAAUAUCCUGACACAGAAGGUGGAAACGCAGCCCCCUUCAGCCAGCCCACCACCACCACCUCCGGUCUAUGACAGCCUGGAUUUGCAGCAAGUUGAUGUCUAUUCUGUCCUCAAGAGCAACACAAACAACCCGUCACCCAGGAAGAGUCCUCCAGGGGAGACACCUAAGGAGCAAGCAACUCGAGAAGAAUCCUCUGAUACAUUGUAUGAGAAUAUCUAA